CAUACUAAAAAUUAGAUUAUGGUUUAAUGCAUGGGGAGAUAGUGAGUCAGUUCAUUACCGCGUUAUCUGGUAAAGCCGGUAUACUGUGUAUUAGACGGUGCUUUUCUCCUUAAAAUAGAGGCACGAAAAUCGUUACUGUGCUGCUGAACAUUUUUGCGGGUUUUUUUUAUUUUUUAUUUUUUUACAAAAACCACUAAAGCCUGCAGAGUCUGUAAAGAUUAUUCGGGGGCAUAAUGUGAAACUUGUGUUACCGAUUGGAAAAACUUCAGAUGGAGCAUUAUGGGUAUGCACAAAUCACAAACCGCGCCGCGGAAGACCCGGCGACGCGACAGCUCGUCUCCGUGGAGUGGAGCCCAUAUUGCCCCCUCCAGGACCGACAAGCCCCGCCUGGCAUGGAGAGGCGGCCGCUGACACGUGAUCGCCAUGCCCGGCAGAGGAAGCAUGGCGGAGGCUGCCGGAGGACGCCUCUGCGGCCGGAGGCCUAAGUAGAUGGUCUCAAGGCGGGAGUGGAGCGGAUCAUAUCGGAUUGGAUCGGACAACUUCUGAGACGGAUAGUGGAUGCAAGCUCGGCUUUGGCUUUGUGGGGAGCCACCAUGGACCUGCACGUGGACCAGCCUCUGAGCCAGGCCAUGAGCGAGGCCACGAGCCAAGGAGUGAGCCCAGGCUUGGCCCCGGCCAGCCCUGGGCAAUGUGACCAGCGGAGGCUGCAGCAGGAGCUGCAAGCCCUGAAGCAGAAGCAGGAGGUGCAGCGCCGCCUGCUCAUUGCCGAGUUCCAGAGGCAGCAUGAGCAGCUGUCUCGUCAGCACGAGGCACAGCUGCAAGAGCAUAUAAAGCAGCAGCAGGAGCUCCUGGCCCUGAGGCAUCAGCAGGAGCUCGUGGAGCUGCAACGAAAGGCGGAUCAUCAGCGGCAACAGGAGGAGGAGCUGGAGAGGGAGCAGAGGGAUCAGAAGCUGCAGCAGUUGAAGAACAAGGAGCGCAGCCAGGAGAGUGCCAUCGCCAGCACAGAGGUGAAGAUGAAGCUGCAAGAGUUCGUGCUGAAUAAGAAGAAGGCCUUGGCCCAGAGGACACUCAGCCACUGCAUAUCUGGGGACCCGCGUCUGUGGUACACAAAGACCCAGCACAGCUCUCUGGACCAAAGCCCACCCCCUCAGACAAAUUUGACAGCCGGCUAUGGUCACCCGGUCUUUGGGCUAUACAACCCGAAGGAUGACUUCCCACUGCGGAAAACAGCCUCGGAACCCAACCUGAAGCUGCGCUCCCGGCUAAAGCAGAAGGUGGUGGAGAGGCGGAGCAGCCCACUGCUGCGGCGCCGGAGAGAUGGGCCUCUGGGCAGUGUUAACAAGCGACCGCUGGAUUCCGCAGACUCGUGUAAUAGUGCCCCCGGCUCUGGGCCCAGUUCCCCAAACAACAGCACCGAGAACGGAGCAGCACUAUCUGUCACCCCCCUGGAGCCCUCUUUGGCCCAUAGGCUGGCAAGCUGUGACACCCCCAUGAGCCAGCUGUCCCUGUACACGUCCCCCUCGCUGCCUAACAUCACCCUGGGGCUGCCAGCCAGUGCCCCUUCUAGUGCCGUGGCCUCUCCCUUCCUCGUGGGAGCUCACCUGACGUCCUACCUGGGAGCCUCGGUUCUGGAGCAAAACGGUGGCCCUGCCCACAACCCCCUGCUGCAACACAUGGUCCUGCUGGGGCCAUCCGGGGCACCAAGCCCCGUGCUUCCAGGCCUGUGUACCCUCCCCCUCCACAAGCUGCAGCAACACCGCCCCUUGGGCCGCACGCAGUCGGCCCCCCUGCCCCAGAGCGCCCAGGCCCUGCAGCAGCUGGUGGUGCAACAGCAGCACCAGCACUUCCUGGAGAAGCACAAGCAGCAGCAGCAACUGCACAUUGGCAAGAUGCCAGGCAAAGCUGGUGAUCCCAGCCGGCAGCACCAGAGCCACCCAGAGGAGACGGAGGAGCAGCUGCUAGAGCACCAGGCCGGACCCAGCACUGAGGCACCGACCCGCAGUGUUGCCAUCAAACAGGAGCCCCUGGAGGAGGCGGAAGAGGAGGAGGCCCACUUCCAGGGGGAGGAGCAACAGGAGCAGGAGCUGCUCUUCAAACAGCAGGCCCUGCUCCUGGAGCAGCAGAGGAUAGCACAGCUGCGUAGUUACCAAGCCGGCAUGGAGGCAGCCAGCCUGCCAGCCAUGCUGGGCUCUCACCGCCCCCUGUCCCGGGCUCAGUCUUCACCCGCUUCCGCCCCCGCCUCCCUCCCCGUGCCUAUGACCGAGAAACCGCCCACACUGCGCUUCACCACAGGGCUGGUGUAUGACACGUUGAUGCUCAAACACCAGUGUGUCUGCAAUAGCACCAGUAAUCACCCCGAGCACGCAGGGCGCAUUCAGAGCAUCUGGUCCCGGCUGCAGGAGACCGGACUCCGUGCCAAAUGUGAGCACGUGCGGGGGAAAAAGGCCAGCCUGGUAGAGCUGCAGACAGUACACUCAGAGGCGCACACGCUGCUGUACGGCACCAACCCACUAAGACACAAGCUGGACGGUUUGGCACCCCCUGUCUUCAUGAGGCUGCCCUGUGGCGGUGUCGGGGUAGACAAUGACACUUUCUGGAACGAGGUCCACUCAUCCAGCGCCACCCGGUUAGCUGUGGGGUCCGUCACUGAGCUUGCCUUCAAGGUGGCGACCGGAGAGCUUAAAAACGGCUUUGCAGUAGUGCGCCCCCCAGGACACCACGCAGAGGACAGCACGCCUAUGGGCUUCUGCUACUUUAACUCCGUGGCCAUCGCAGCCCGUCUCCUGAAGCUGAGGCUUAAUAUCGGUCGGAUCCUCAUCGUCGAUUGGGAUGUUCACCAUGGUAAUGGAACCCAGCAGGCAUUCUAUGAUGAUCCCAACGUUUUGUACAUCUCCCUCCAUCGCUAUGAUGAUGGGAACUUCUUUCCUGGGAGCGGAGCUCCUGAUGAGGUGGGCAGUGGACCAGGAGAGGGCUUCAAUGUCAACAUGGCCUUCACUGGUGGUCUGGAGCCCCCCAUGGGAGAUGUGGAGUACCUAGCAGCAUUCAGGACUGUGGUGAUGCCCAUUGCUACUGAGUUCGCCCCUGACAUGGUGUUGGUGUCAUCGGGCUUCGACGCGGCAGAGGGACAUCUGCCCCCCCUGGGGGGGUACAAGCUGACAGCCAGAUGCUUCGGCUACCUAACCAUGCAGCUGAUGGCGCUGGCAGGGGGCCGACUGGUGCUUGCCCUGGAGGGGGGCCAUGACCUCACUGCCAUCUGUGAUGCCUCCGAGGCCUGCAUCUCUGCCCUACUGGGGCUCAUGCUGGAGCCCCUUCCACAGGAAGUCCUGCAGCAGAGACCAAACCCAAAUGCGGUGCACUCCAUUGAGAAAGUUCUGGAAAUCCAGAGUAAGUACUGGCGGUCAGCACGACGCCAUCUAGCCAAGGCGUGCAACUCCCUGUUGGAGGUGCAAAGGUGUGAGAGAGAUGAGGUGGACACGGUGAUCGCGAUGGCAUCACUGUCGGUGGCCCCCACGCUGGCUGACAGCAGGUACAGCCCCAUCUCAGGUGCCAGACUUCACUCCUCCCACUCAAACCCUCACUACCUACCACCUUCUUUGACCUUUGGCCUUCUGCAUUGCAGGCUGCAUGAUGAGCCGAUGGAAGAAGGCCCUCUCCAGUAGGUGCUGCAUGGGGCACUCUUGAGACCUCCUGGAUGCCAGGGCAUGAUUCUGCCCACCGGGUUUUGAUUUAGCAUACCCUCCACCCCAUCCCGCCUGCAUCCUGUCAGCGGUGAUUAACUAGGGGAAUGAAGUGGGGUGCCAUGCCCAAGAAGGUGGGGCUACAGUGUGCCCGCAAAUAGAAACUGAGCAGCAGCUCCAGUCCAGAAUUUGUUGGUGUCCCAAUUGGUCAGACACACCUUAUGAAAGCGGAGGCCAACAGCUUUCUCUGCACCACAAAGGGCCACGGGCCCAGGACCAGACAUAGCAAGGCAGGGGCCCAUGUCAUGGGGCGUGUGACAGGCCACAUACAGACGCGACUGCUGAUCACAUGACACAUUUGUUUCUAGUCAGAUUUUCUCUUGGUUAAAAAACUGAUCAGACAUAAGAAAUUUCAUGUUCUGAACAGCUGAAGGUCAGGUCCAGAAGAACCCGCAGGCUGAUCAGGCCUGGGGAGGGCAACUCGAAUGCGGAUUGAGCCUUGGGUACCGAGCUGGUCACACGUCUCCCUGGAUGCGGGCGUGGGCGGAGAGGAGAGCAGGUUACACCGUGACUGAGAUUAACACACUUACAUAGACUGCAACCUUCCUCUACUGUAUGGUACAUUGUACAAAAAGGACUAUGUUGAAAGCUAGUUGGGGGGAAAAGUAACACCCUUCUCCAUCCCGGAUGGCGGAUUGGCAUCAACUCUGAUGUAGGUUCCUUUAAUGAGACAAAUGCCAGCUUUGGACUCUGGAGAGUUCCUAAGCACACUGUGUGCCAGAGUUUAACCCUGCCAAGCAGCAGCACGCCUAAUGCAUGAAUUUGCCAGCAAGUCUGCCUACGACAGUCUGCAUGGGCCUGAAAAUUGACAUUUUACUGUAUUAAACUACUGAAUGUAUGUACAUACAGACACUGAAGCCACAUUUUCACAUGCACUGAAUGCCGGGGUGCAGUAUCAACAUGAUCUGGUUUGAUGGGAUUUGGACUUUCUCAGCCUCGUCUGAGUGAGUCAUUCUCAUCAGUGUGCCAUGCCCAAGAAGGCGGGGCUACAGUGUGCCCGCAAAUAGGAACUGUCUUGCUGUAUUGCCUGCCACAUUUCUUGGUUAUCUACUGUUUGAACUUCUUUACCUGCUUUUGGCUAAUGCUGCUCAGAUCUAAGCUUUUUUCUCCAGUUUUUUUCUCCCCUAUUUGUUGACAUUUUAUGAAGAUGACACUCUCUCAAAGUUUUCUUUGGCUUUUAUGUAGAUUUUGCAGGGAAUGGGACUUUGCAGGUGGAUUUGUGUAAUGAUUCCAGCCAUUAUAUAUUAACCAUGUGUUCUGUUCAUACACAUGGUUAAUAUAUAUAUAUAUAUAUAUAUAUAUAUAUAUAUAUAUA